AGAGAAAAACAAGAUCUCUGCCCUGGCGGAGCUUCUCAUAGGGAGACAAAACGAUGGAAAUGAUUUUCCAAAAUUAUGUUAGAUGAUAAAUAUUACAAAGAAAAAAGUAUCAGGUUGCAAAACGAUGAUGGACGCCAGGACCUUGGGAACGAGAACCCACUUCUGGGGUCGUGAUUUGGGCUGCGGAGAAGGCAAGCGAGCAGAGCUGCAGGACGCGCUGACGUCGGGGGACCACGGAGCUUUUUCGCACAAAGUGACAGAACAUCGUCCCGCCUACACGGAGGACCGCUUUAGCACGUGGAGCAGGCAUCCACCAUGGCUGAUCCUCGGGGCCCUGUAGACCAUGGAGUUCAAAUUCGCUUUAUAACAGAGCCAGAGGAUGCUUCAGAGAUGGGCACCCUACGUCGAAGUGGAAGACGCCCUGCUAAGGAUGCAAGAGCCAGUACCUAUGGGGUUGCUGUGCGUGUGCAGGGCAUUGCCGGACAGCCCUUUGUGGUGCUCAACAGUGGAGAGAAAGGGAGUGACUCCUUUGGGGUCCAAAUCAAGGGGGCCAACAACCAAGGGGCCCCGGGAAAUCUGAGCUCUGAUUCGGAAUUUCCUGAGAACCCCUACUCUCAGGUCAAGAGAUUCCCUGCCCCUUCUCAGGGCAGCACAUCGGAUGAGGAGCCUGGGACCCACUGGACUGGAAGACUACUCCGUUCCCAGUCUCAGGCCUCACUGACAGGCCUUGCUCCUAUGAGUCCUAGCAAUAGAAGCACCAGUUUGCUGGAGCUAGCCCCUCAAAAGAUUUCCCCAGUUAGCACCAUUGACACUGCUCCCUUGUCUUCAGUGGACUCACUCAUCAACAAGUUUGACAGUCAAAUUGGGGGUCAGGUCCGGGGCCGGACUGGCCGCCGCACUCGGACACUGCCCCGUGAACAGCGCAAGCGGAGCCAGAGUCUGGACAGCCGGGUCUCAGGAGAUGCCUCCAGGGAUCGAGAACACCAGUCCCCCAAUCACUGCACCUCUAGCAUGAAGUAUGACAACCACGUGGAUGGUUCAAAACAGCCAUCUCACAGCCAGAGCCCUCUCAGUAGCUUCAGCCGUUCCCGUCAGACUCAGGACUGGGUCCUUCAGAGUUUUGAGGAAUCACGGGAUAGGGCACAGGAUCCCGCCGUGCUACAGUUCAAAUCAACUCCAGACCUUCUCCGAGACCAGCAGGAGGCAGCCUCACCAGGCAAUGUGGACCAUGUGAAGGCCACCAUCUAUGGAAUCCUCAGGGAGGGAAGCCCAGAAAGUGAAGCUUCCAUGAGGAGGAAAGUUAGUUUGGUGCUGGAGCAGAUGAAGCCCCUAGGGCAGAUGGUUUCUCCUGCUUCUACUAAGGCCCUAGCAGGGCAGGGUGAGCUCAUCCCAAAAGUGGAGGAGCUGCAGAAAAAGCUGGAUGAAGAGGUGAAGAAGCGGCAGAAGCUUGACUCAUCCCGAGUUGGGCUGGAGCGACAGCUGGCAGAGAAGGCAGAGGAGUGCAGCCGGCUGCAGGAGCUGCUGGAGAGAAGGAAGGGAGAGGCCCAGCAGAGCACCAAGGAGCUCCAGAACACAAAGCUCCUUCUAGACCAGGAAGAAAGGUUACGGCUGGGGCUGGAGACCCAGGUGAAGGAGCUACAGAUCAAGCUGAAACAGGGCCACAGUCCUGAACCUGCUAAGGAGGUGCUUCUGAAGGAUCUGUUAGAGACCCGGGAACUUCUGGAAGAGGUCUUAGAGGGAAAACAACGGGUAGAGGAGCAGUUGAGGCUGCGGGAACGGGAGCUGACAGCCCUGAAGGGGGCCCUAAAGGAGGAGGUGGCCUCCCAUGACCAGGAGGUGGAGCAUGUGCGGCUGCAAUACCAGCGAGACACAGAGCAGCUUCGCCGGAGCAUGCAAGAUGCAACUCAGGACCAUGCUGCUUUGGAAGCCGAGAGGCAGAAGAUGUCUUCCCUGGUACGGGAGCUGCAAAGGGAACUAGAGGAGACCUCAGAGGAGACAGGGCAUUGGCAGAGCAUGUUCCAGAAAAACAAGGAGGAGCUUAGAGCCACCAAGCAGGAACUUCUGCAGCUGCGGAUGGAGAAGGAGGAGAUGGAAGAGGAACUUGGGGAGAAGAUUGACAUCUUACAGAAGGACUUAGAGCAGGCCCGAGCCAGUGCAAGAGAUACUCAUCAAGUUGAGGAGCUCAAAAAGGAGCUGCACCGCACCCAGGGGGAGCUUAAAGAGCUGUGGGCAGAGCGGCAGAACGAGGAGGUGGCUGGGCGACAACGGGACCAGGAGUUAGAGAAGCAGUUGGCAGUCUUGAGGGUUGAGGCUGAUCGAGGCCGAGAUUUGGAGCAGCAGAACCUCCAGCUGCAAAAGAGCCUCCAGCAACUGCGACAGGACUGUGAAGAGGCUUCCAAGGCCAAGCUGGCAUCGGAGGCAGAGGCCAUAGUGCUGGGGCAGCGUCGGACAGCAGUGGAAACCACACUUCGGGAGACCCAGGAGGAAAAUGACGAAUUCCGAAGACGCAUCUUGGGUCUGGAGCAGCAGCUAAAGGAGGCCCGAGGCCUGGCGGAAGGUGGGGAAGCGGUGGAGGCACGACUUCGGGACAAAGUGCAGCGGCUGGAGGCAGAGAAACAGCGGCUAGAAGAGGCUCUGAAUACUGCCCAGGAGGAGGAAGGGAGCCUGGCAGCAGCUAAGCGGGCUCUGGAGGUCCGGCUGGAUGAGGCCCAGCGCGGACUGAUGCGCCUCGGGCAGGAACAGCAGGCGCUGAACCGGGCCCUAGAGGAGGAGGGGAAGCAACGGGAGGCGCUCCGAAGGAGCAAGGCGGAGCUGGAAGAGCAGAAGCGUUUGCUGGACAGGACUGUAGACCGACUCAACAAAGAGCUGGAGCAGAUCGCAGAUGACUCCAAGCAAUCCCUGCAGCAGCUCCAGUCCCAGCUGGAGGACUACAGAGAAAAAGCCCGGCGGGAAGUGGCUGAUGCCCAGCGCCAGGCCAAGGAGUGGGCCAGUGAAGCUGAGAAGAACUCAGGUGGAUUGAGCCGGCUUCAGGAUGAGAUGCAAAGGCUACGGCAGGCCCUGCAGGCCUCCCAGGCUGAGCGGGACACAGCCCGGCUAGACAAAGAACUGCUGGUCCAGCGGCUGCAGGGGCUGGAGCAAGAGGCAGAGAAUAAGAAGCGCUCCCAGGACGACAGGGCUCGGCAGCUGAAGAGCCUUGAGGAAAAAGUAUCACGGCUGCAAGCAGAAUUAGAUGAAGAAAAAAACACUGUGGAACUGCUGACAGACCGGAUGAACCGUGGCCGGGACCAGGUGGAUCAGCUGAGGACAGAACUCAUGCAGGAGAGGUCUGCUCGGCAGGACUUGGAGUGUGACAAAAUCUCCUUGGAGAGACAGAACAAGGACUUGAAGACCCGGUUGGCCAGCUCAGAAGGUUUCCAGAAGCCUAGUGCCAGCUUCUCUCAGCUUGAGUCCCAGAAUCAGUUGUUGCAAGAGCGACUGCAAGUUGAAGAGAGGGAGAAGACAGUUCUGCAGUCCACCAAUCGGAAACUGGAACGCAGAGUUAAAGAGCUGUCCAUCCAGAUUGAUGAUGAACGGCAGCAUGUCAAUGAUCAGAAAGACCAGCUAAGCCUGAGAGUAAAGGCCUUGAAGCGGCAGAUGGAUGAAGCAGAAGAGGAAAUAGAGCGCCUGGAUGGCCUUCGGAAGAAAGCACAGCGGGAGCUGGAAGAACAGCAUGAGGUCAACGAACAGCUCCAGGCCCGGAUCAAAUCUCUGGAAAAGGACUCCUGGCGAAAAACUUCCCGCCCAGCUGCUGAGUCAGCCCUCAAACAUGAAGAACUGAGCUCUGAUGAGGAAUUUGACAGUGUUUAUGACCCCUCAUCCAUCACUUCACUGCUUACAGAAAGCAACCUACAGACCAGCUCCUGCUAGCUCAUGAUCUUCAAAGACCAGAAACAGGCUUGAAGCCUGCCCCAGCCAGCCAGCCUGUUCUGCUCUGUCCUUCCUGCUUCAGAUUCCUCUUUCCUAGGGGUGACCUGAUUAUUUAGACUUCAGACUGGGAGGGGUCAGAGUGAUGGUGAUAAAAACACAUUUGCAGUAAGCUGGUGGGUGGGCUUGGCCUUUUCACUAGAGGAAUGGGCAUUUUAGGCCUCUCUGAGCCCUUAUAGGUGCUGACCUCUUCUUCAUCUCACAGUGGACGAAUGGCCAGCAUACGCACUGAGGGGGACCAAGAAGGAUAGGAAGGGAUGGAUAUUGCCAUGCAUGUAAAGCUUUAUUUCUUUUAUCUUUAACCCUAUGGCUCAGGGAAAUAUGCGAUGCUGUUCUGCUCCCUGGAUUCCUGAAACCUUUUUUCCUCCCAUUCUGGAGCAGAAUAAGGGAACAUUAUGGGUAAUGUACGCGCAGGCGUGGCUCUACCUACUGCUCAGAUACUUCUCUUCACCUAGUCAUUGGCCCAUGUAGUAGUCCCUCACAUCCCUUCAGUUCCUAUAUUUUUAUUUUCCCCAAGACAGUGGGUUCAGGGAACCCUUCAUUCACUCUUCUUCCCAUCUUUACCACUCCUGCUUUCCUCUCAGUGCCUUACUGGUGUGAGAUGAGAAUGCUCUUCUUGCCUUUCAUGAACCUGCACAUUCAUACCUCUCCGAAAACCAGUCUUUCCCAAACUGGGAAAGCCUGCCCCACUUCCCCAGUGACUGUACAAGAGAGCUACAGGCUGCUCUGCUCACCAGUCCCUGGGAGGAGGGACUCUGGUAGACCUUGAUAAGGUGGUGGGGUCCUGGUUCUGCUCAGGGUUUCCCACCUUCCUUCUCUCCCUCUGCGACUACGGAUGCCACUCUAAGGUGGUUGCACCUGGGAACCCUGACAACUAUCUAUACAAGUUUUGCAAAGCAAACAUCUAGUCUCUGUGGCCUUCCUUUUGGCUUCUCUGGCUAGAUGUGUCCUGCCUCUAAUGAGAGUACCAGUAGACCGUCAUUUUUCUCAGGAGCUAGGCCUUGAUUCAGGGCUUUGCCUGGGGUCAGGAGCUGGCUCUUAGUAGGGAAGGGAAAGAGCAGUGGAGAAUUUAUUCCUCCUUGGAGUUUUGAGAAAGAGCCAAGCUCUGGUGGGGAUAAGGUAAUGGGAAUGAGUCACCCCUUAUUUCCAAAGUAAAUUUUGUUCUCACCAAUGACUUGUAAUUUCAUAAUUAAAAAACAUUCCAUAUUC